AUGGCUUCAAGGUGCUGUUUCUUAGUCUUCGUCUGGGUUUGGCUGCUGCCACUGGCGCUUGUGGCGGCCGAUCAGCAGGAAGGGGAAGGCUGCUUGGACAAGAGGUGCGGCAGCCUCACAGUCUCCCAUCCAUUCUGGAUCUCUGACAAUCAUGAGGGAAGAUCGUGUGGCCCCUUGGAUUUUUUGGUCAAUUGCAACAACGGCAAUCCAGUUCUCAAGAGCUAUGGAUUAAUUGGCUUUGCAAUAAUGGAUAUCUCCUACGAGAAACAGAGUAUGCGUGUCGUUGAUAUACAGAAAGAGGAAGACUUCAAAUCCUCCAGCGGCUGCCAUUUCCCGUUAUGGAACACCUCCGGCAAACUGUUGCCUCCGUUUAAGGUCAGCAACUGCAACCUGAACCUCAUCUUCUACAACUGCACCAAGACGUUGGCGCAUCGGGACAGGGCGCUGGUGGAGAUGAGAUGCGUAGACGGGACCAACACGUUUGUUCGCGCCGGAGGGCGUUUCAAUGAGACGGGGAACUACGGCGACUACGCCUUGGAGGGCUGCAAUGCGACCGUCGUGCCGGUGAUGAGCUCGUCGGGCAAGGCGAACGCGAGCGACUACGAGCGGCUCAUCAGCGGUGGCUUCCUCUUGACAUGGGAAUGGGAUGAUCCGAAACCUCUCCCUGCACCUGUACCUCUCCCUACGCCUGUACUAACACGUAAGUUCACACGCCGACUCAUCUUUUAAUUAAGUUUGUAGCUAAGCUAAGACGUUCAGUGCCUGUUGUGUGCUACGUUCAAAAUCUUCGUCUGUGACAAACAUCAGUAGGUACGUACGUAGCCAUGUGCAUCUUUAGAAGUUCGUUAACAAGUUGAGCUGGGGUGUUCCCUAACUUCUCAGCACUGCCUAAUCUCAACUCUCAACUUCUUUCUGCCUAGUCAGAAAACUGAACUUCUGCCCAGUGAAAAAUAGGGCCUUUUUGAAAUUUGGCCUAAUGUGCAUGUAUUGAUUUUUCUGGGGCAAUCUUGGCCCCACUCACCGUGUUCUAGGCCGUUGUUAAGGGUCCAGCUACUCGCACAGCCCAAUAAUACAUGGAUAUUUUUUAUUUUCUCAAAAUUAUUUUCCGAAUUUCAAUUCAAAAAAUAUAUAUUGUCCAAAUUCUUUUGAAUUAUAUGGU